AUGUCUCCUACGCCGGAAGAAGAGGAAGUCUUUAAUGUCAAGAGAUCUGGCAGUGGGCCAGAGGAGGAGGAGGAUGCAGCAAUAGUCGACGCCACGCCGAAGCAGCCAACUAAGAAACGGACCAAGACUGGAUGUCUCAGUGAGUUUGACCUCGUCUUCGGACACCACCUGCGAAGCACUCAUACUGAUAUCCGUCUCUUCAACAAGCAUGCCGUAAAAGACGGAUAUCAACCUGUGGCGAACAAAGAGCAGAUCCUAGGACAGACCGAUAUAUCCCAAGAAACUGGCGCUCAUCUGUCGUUUCAAGAUCACGAUGUCUCAACUGCGUUCAACCAACGUUGGCAACCAGGACCGGAAUACCUGGAAAUGCCACAUGACUUUGGUCAAACGAAUCCCUCGCCCUAUAAUCAACUACCAUUCAGCGCCAGCUACCAUGCGAUUCCAUUCCCUCCGACCAACCUCUCUAAUCACACGGGCAUUCCGGUCAUAGGUCCGGAAUAUGGAUGGCAGGGUACGCAGCAUCCACCAAACCUGCCUUAUCAUGGAAUGGCGGAAACCUCAAGAGAAACUGUACCAGGGUUCACCUUCCCGGACAACCAGGCUGGAAGGACUUCGACGACCGUCUUCCCUCUCGACCCCCGAUUGAUGGAUCAGCCGGCGACAUGGGGUUUCAAUCCUGCUUUGGCUCAACUUCAGUCACCGCAGUCAACACUCACCAGCAACCAUAUUAUGGCCUCACAGCAGCCGAUUCUGUCUCAAUUCCAACAACGGCGUGCUCCACUGUCUUACCAGUACGACGUAUCACCCCUACCUAUAGAGGAACAUGUGGCUAGGCAACACAGUGCGCAUGGUAGUACACAUCAGCCGGGAUUCAUAAAUACCGCAUCCCAUGGUCCUUCUGUGCUUCGGCGUCCUACAUCUCAGAUGAAUGACGACGAGGACGACGACGAUGACGACCCAUUCGACGUUGAAAUGGAAGAUUCAAACCUCUCAUAUCAAGAAGCGGCAAACAAUCUCACAGAGAUGCUCGGUCGUGCUGGGCAGGUCGAUGUACAGGCUUCGAAAUUGUACAUUCCCAGGAGGACUGAGUAUCGAACCGUCGCGACGUACCGGCCGACUAUAACACAAUCCCCUCUUCACGAUGAGAGAAACGAGCAUAUAUUUUGCCAUUUUGUUGAAAUUACGAGCAAUACUAUAUCAAUUUUCGAGAGACAUCACUACAGCCCUAUUGCGGCCCCUGCGAGAACUCUCUGGAAUUUCACAAUGCCGGCUCUGGCGUUGUCGCAUACCGCACUUGCGCAUGCGAUUCUGGCAUUGGGGGCCCUUCAUCUUGCGAAGCUGAAUAACUCGUCAGAAAACCUCGCGAUCAAGCAUUUCACCUGUGCAGUGCGAAGGGUUGGGAGACUGCUGGGGUUACCGAAACGGCGGCACGAAAUAGCAACUCUGGCUACAGUCCUGCUCCUUGGAUACUACGAGGUCGUCUCUGGCGACCAUUCACGGUGGAACCUUCAUUUGUCAGGAGCUACGAGGCUCCUACAGGAGCAUGACUUUGCCGGCUUGACCCGAACGACGAGACGCAUGCGAACUGGUGCAAAGGCACGAAUCAACCAGUGGACUGUUCAAUUUGCGUUGACCGACGAAAACUAUGCUCGUGUAGCUGGUAUUCCUCUUACCCUGCUUGACGACGCUGACUGGGAGGUCGAUCAGACACUCGUCUCCCGACUGACAGGCCUCCGCGUGAACUAUGACCAACAAUUCCAGCCAAGCUUCGCCUCGCGGCCUGCAAUGCCGGACCUGAGCGAGAAAGAUGUUGAAGAUUUCAAGGCCAAACUGGACUUGAGGUGGUGGUACUGCAAGCAAGACGUUUUCCAGAGCAUGGUAUCCGGCGACCGGCCGCUUAUGGCCUACCAGGAAUGGAUCUACUGCCCCCCUCGAGGUCAAAUUGGACGGGCGGACAAUCCAUAUGCGACCCUGGAUCACUUGCUACUGGUCAUGGCACGCCUAACUGAUUUCGGAGGCAAAGAUCGUCUGCGCAAGCAACGGGUGGUGGCUAUGCAGGGAGGGCAAUGGAGGCCCCCGAAAUGGCUGUUUGGAUCUCAAGGACAACCUGGUCCAUCAGGACGGAAGGACGGUCCUGCUCAUCCAAAGCAGGCUUCGGAAUCACCUCCUGAGAAGGCUUCUGCAGCCACCAAGCUGGGCGCUGCUCCGGCCCAGGCUGGAGCAAGACCAUCCCCAGCCCCCAGCGCCAACGAAGGGAGAGUGAGGCAGAGUAAACCCGGCUUACCGGGUGGUUCUGGUCCUGGACCGGGGGCUGGUCCUCCUAUGCUUGGGAUGCUCCCGCCUGCGACCGAGCCACUGCAGCUGGAUUCUGCUUUUCGGUCUAUGGACGCCAACAUCAAAGACUCGGCGUUUGCGUUCAAAAGAGAGCGAAAGGAGAGCACGCCGCCUAGCAAUCUCGAGGACGAUACAGCCAAGGCACUUGCAGAGUACAACGAGAUAGGCAAAGCCUUUGAUACCUUCGCAGAAAACCUGGGCACAGACUUUGAGCCUCUCAAACAAACCGGGCCCCCGGUCGGUACGCCUUUUGGGCCAGCACUCAUCUACAAAAAUGGCGCAGUGGCGUGUAUAUGGGCAUGCUACUACGUUGGGCGCAUCUUAUGGCAGCGCCUUCACCCCGAGAUGCCGCCUGCAGCAGUGGUUGCUGCUGGCGUCACGGCGCACCUCACUCGGGAGUAUACGCAGAUGGUCGGCCAGAUCUGCGCAGGGCUGUACUCAAGACAGCUCUAUGGCCAGAGCGGAGCCCUGGACCCAAGCUUCGCAGGCUACCUCAUGGAGAGUACCUUCUUCCUGUUGUUUGCAGCCAUCCAGUUUACAGACGCUGUGCAGCGAGGGUGGACAAUAAGCAAACUCAAAGACGUCGAACGCAGAUGUGGAUGGCGUACAUCAGGCGCCAUCGCUGGCGCUUGCGAGACUGCCUGGGAACGAAUGGCGCAAGCAGGACGAGGCCCGCCCUACGAGCGAACUCUGGCUGCUCACGACGAGGACAUCCGCAUGAGCAAGACAUCGGCAAAGUCAUCUCCAUCAAGUGGAGGACCUUCCGAUGCCGCCGUCGAACAGCAUGAGUCGGAAUUCGUGAACCACGAUCGCAGCCUCAUUGAUCGGUCCAGCUCGACCCGUGUGCAUUGGGCUCUGGGCUUGCUUUCGGUCGAAGAAGAUAUCCAGAAAAUGGCCCUGGAGGACAACUAG